UCUAAGUGAACCAAGACAUGUCUCGGGUAUCCACACGAUUAAGUGGAACUUACUCUAGGCGAGCCCCUUUUAGAUUGCGGGAGUAGUAAAAGAUACACGCAACAGUCGCUUAGCUUUAGCAGAAGAGCGUAUGGGAAGAUAACUUGGAAGUAAAUCUACUUGCCCAACUACUAUUGCUGGAGUUUGGAAAGUGCAGUUUUCACCAAUGCUAUCCUCUGGGCGCUGGUUCUUCCAUCUUAUCCCUACGGCAGAAAUUGUGGCUUUUGAAGAUGCUAGCUAAUUUAUCUGAGACCCAAUCGAAGCAAACCGACCCUUAUACAUGGUCAAAAAAACGAAAAGCCUUUGUGUUUAUUGUGGGUGCUAUUGCAGUUGCAAAUAGUACACUUGGCUCAGCCUUACCGAGCGGAGCGGUCAAUUUCAUUGCAGAGGACUUUGGGAUAACCAAUAAACAGAAACUCACUCUACCUAUCACCUGCUAUCUCAUCGGAUAUGUACUGGGUCCCGUUGUGUUUGGACCGUUGUCUGAGACAUACGGCCGCCGCCCGAUAACGCUAAUAACUUUCGCAUUUUAUACCAUCUUCACUUUAGCUUGCGCCCUAGCUCCCACCUUUGCCGCUUUAGUUGUCUUUCGGCUAUUUGCGGGCGUUUUUGCUUCUUCACCACCUGCCGUGACGGGAGGUAUCUAUGCGGACAUAUACGCGGACCCUAAAGCUCGGGGGCGAGCUAUGGCUGGGUUUAUGGCUGUCACCACCCUGGGGCCGACAAUGGGGCCCAUAAUGUCCGGGUAUCUUUCCGUGAUGGGUUGGAGAUGGACAUUCUGGGUUGCGCUGAUUAUCGUGGGAGCAUCAUGGCCCUUUCUGCUCCUCUUACCAGAAACUUUCGGACCUGUACUACGACGCAAACAAACCUCAAACUCCACCAAUACUGCGGAAACCCAUGCCCUCGCAUCGACACAGCUAACAAGGGAAAACUGGCAACACCUCUUCACCAAAGUACUGGCUAGACCAGUGAAGAUGUUCUGUACCGAAAGCAUCGUACUCUUCUCCUGUCUCUACCUAUCCCUCAUUUAUGCGAUCUUCUACCUCUUUUUUGAGGCAUAUCCCAUCAUCUUCGAAGGAAUGUAUGGCAUGACGCCCGGAGAAUGUGGGUUAAUGUUUCUUCCCAUCGCUAUUGGUGCCCUGUUUUCAUUUGUGAUCUAUCUUGCGUACGAUCACAUCUACCAGCGUGCCCAGGAGCAAGGUAAGCAAUGGAUUACAGUGGAGGAGUAUCGUCGCCUACCACUUGCUUGUAUUGGUGGCCCAUUAUUCUCGGGGACAAUAUUUUGGCUAGCCUGGACGGCCAAACCCUCGAUACACUGGAUCGUACCGGCCAUCGCGGGCCUUCCGUUCGGAAUUGGUUUCCUCUUGAUAUUCAUGGCUUUGAUCAACUACUUAGCUGAUGCCUAUGGCAUCUUCGCGGCAAGCGCUUUAGCUGCCGCUAGUGGUACGAGAAGUGUCCUUGGAGCUGUCCUUCCCCUUGCUACAGAUGACAUGUACGGACGUCUUGGUGUGAGUUGGGCUACAAGCCUACUUGGCUUUCUAAGUUUGCUCAUGGCGCUUAUACCUUUCGCGUUUAUAAGAUUCGGACGUCACAUGAGGGAGAAUAGCAAGUUCAGCCAAGCACUAAAGGCAUCAAACCCUCCGAAUAAGUAG